CUCAGACAAUGAACCUGUUGUGAUGACGAGGGCACCAACUCGUGGGCUCUGCGUUCCCAUCAUUGACAAGGGGCCGGGCCGCAUCAGCGAAGCCGAGUUGCGAGAUGACCAGCUGCCGCCGCCGCCGCCGCUCGCUGACCCCGGCAGCGCUCGACGACGACGACCUGCUCUUGGAGAUCCUCCUACGCCUCCCGCCGCAGCCCUCCUCCCUGCCCCGUGCCUCGCUCGUCUGCAAGCGCUGGCGCAGCCUCGCCUCCGACCCCGGCUUCCUCCGUUGCUUCCGGAUCCACCACCGCCGCAGCCCUCCCCUCCUCGGUUGCUUCGUGGAGGGAGUCCACGGCGUCUCCUUCCUACCUACAAUGGAGGCCCCCAAUCGUGUCCCUCCCAGGCGCCUCUCUUUCCAGCCCGCCAACGAAGACCACUUCAGGCUACUCAACUGCCGCCAUGGCCUCGUUCUCAUCUACAACCGGACACGGCGCCGGCUCCUUGUGUGGGACCCCAUCACCGGCGACCAGCACCACGUAGCCAUCCCCGUGGUGUUCCAUAACUUCCUUUUGAAGACGACCGAGGUCAGCGGGGCGGUGCUUCGUGCUGGGAAAGACGUCCAACACUUCAAGGUGGUUUGUGUGGCAACAUGCUACGACGACGUACAAGCAGCUCUAGCCUACGUUUACUACUCAGAGACCAGCUCAUGGGGUGAGCUCAUCUCAACACCGAUUCCACGGUUGACCAUAUUUGACACCAGAAUUUCUUGGGAUCAGCCUGCUGUGCUGGUUGGGGAUGCCCUUUACUGGUUGCUUACCGGGGGUUCAGAGGGAAUUCUUGAAUUUGAUUUUGAGAAAAACAGCUUAGCUGUGAUACAGUAUCCUGUGGAUGUGUAUCGGGAUCAGUUGACAGUUAUAAGGACAUAUAGUGGCGCCCUGGGUUUCCUCCACGUAUCGAACUUCACCGCGCGGUUAUGGGAGAGGAAGCCCGAUUACGAUGGUGUUCCUUCAUGGGAGCUUGGAAGAACCAUUGAACUGGACAAACUACUUUCCCUGCAUCCAAUGAAAUUGUACCCAAUAAUACGAGGCUUUGCCGAGGACAACAAUGUGGUGUUCCUGGGGACGGCAAUGGGCGACAUCUUUUCGGUCCAGCUUCAGUCAUUACAGUUCAAUAAUCUACCCCAAACCGAUGUCAGAUCAUACGUCCAUCCAUUUGAAAGUGUUUAUACCGGAGAUAUUGGCGGUGAACGUGAUAGAGCUAAACUUUUUUAGCAAUACGCAAGGUCUGGAUAGAUAUGCAUAAGAUGACUUUGACGAGGUAUCUGGACGAGAGGUGCAGAAAUAGCUUGUUUGCUGUAGGCUCUUACAUGUUGUGUAGCAUGCACCAGUCAGCGCUCAGUGAUGAACUGGACUUGUAGGAAAUAAUCACUUAUUUUGUUGAGCCAACUGGCAAGGACUAGCUUCAGUUGAUCAGUACUCCCUCCGUUCCACAAUACAUGCCUUCCAUUUGUCAAAAUCCAGAUGUAUCUAGACAUGUUUUAAUAUAUAGGUACAUUCAUUUUUGGACAAAUGGAAGUCAAGUAUUUUGGAACGGAGGGAGUACCUUUCAGUUGGUCUUGCUUGCACCGUGUGCGCUUGUUUAUAUUUUCUUCCUAUAUACUUGAUGUCCCCUUUGUGUGUGUAUGACUAAUGAAUGUUGAAAUACCUUUGA